AUGGCCAUGAUGACAGUGUAUGAGGUCCAGUACAAGCGCCUGCCCGCCUUCCACGCAGCCAUUUAUAUACACCGAGACGAGAAAGGCGGCUUCAUGUACCACACCGUCGGUUCCCACACGGCGGGCUUUCGGUACGAAGCCUGUAAAAGCGAGCGACCCGAGAAGUCCAGGAGCCUGUAUAAGAUGUGGCCGAGGGGGAAAGUAGCACCGGAGGACUUGCCUCGAGUCGACUUGGUUUGUCAGAAUGUGCCCGUACCUCGCAUCCGAAGCAUUUCCGGCGUGCGAAUUGAGCGAGAUUGCCGGCACUGGGUGCAUCAAGCGCUUGGUGACUUGCGGACCGCAGGAGUUCUCCAGGAGAUGAGCCGGACAAAGUGA